AUGGCUGGAAUGAGCAGAAACAUUGCCAACAAAAAUCAUCUUCCAACGAAUUCUUUAAAUAAUUCUGUUCAUCUUGAAAGCAAUUCUAUUCACAAGGAUGAAACAAUUUCUUUUUUAAAUUUAAAUUCUGAAGAUGAUAUUAAUUCGUUUCUAGAAUUGACUCAAGAUAUAAGGAGGAAAAUGAGUGAAAUGAGUGAAUGUCUGAAAGGAAUUAGAGAAUUGCAUUGCCGAAUAUUGAAUGAACCUGGUGCUCAUUCAACGUUAACAACAGAAUUUAACAUCAAAGUUGAAAAUUUUGUAAUUUUAUCUCGAGAUGUUUGGAAUAUUGUGAAAAGAAUGCAAGCAGAGAAUGAUAAAUUGAGUUCUUCAAAUAAAAUAACGAUGGCUAAUUUAAUGAUUAGAAGGAAUCAAGAAAUGACUUUACGUCAAGGAAUUUUAAAAUUAACUGGGGAAUUUCAUAAAGAACAAAUGGACUAUAAAGAAAAGUGUAGAUCGAGAAUUAAAAAUUAUUUAAAAAUUUGUAAGUCUAAAGGAGAGUAG